AUGGAGACAUCCCCUUUAACAAAGGCGCACGAUCACGCCCGCGCCGCGUCACUCGCGACCCAGGCCUCUGACACCACUGUCGCCAUCAACGAACAUGCCCAAGCCGCCGGUGAAUUUUCAAACGCCUCCAAGUCAACGAGCAGUCAUGAAGCCUUACGCACCCUAAGGUUGUUGGAGCAGCACCACAAGCGACUAGCCGAGUUAUUGAAGCUACCCAUCAGCCCACCAACAAGCCAAACCAGCGUCGAUGAUAUUCCAGAGGAGGACGAAAAUGAGAAUCAGGAACAGGAGAAUGAUAGUUCUACUAAGACAAAGACUGCGGGAAAAGAAAUACGGCCAGCAAAUCCGAGAUCGUCUUCCAAACCGCCGCCCACGUUGUCACACCAGCGAUAUCCCGGGCGGAACCUUUCGUCUUCGAUAGCUAGCAACUUGGCGUCCGCGAGAGGUAUACGCGCGAGUUACAGCACACAGCCACUCAAACCCAGCGUCUCAAAUGAUCUGGCCCCUGGCAGUUUGGAAGUUCACCCUCGAAGGGAAGGUUCUUUGAAGGGUAAAACCCCAGAUCAAGCGGACAUCACACGGAAGCCAAGCUGGGUACCCCCCGUGAUCCAGGAGGAUGUUUCCAACGGGGUGUCAAAGCCGGAAGUGGCGAACCCAGCGCCAAGCGAGGAAGGUUUUGCUAGGUUUUACAGUACCUUUGGAAGCUUGAUCAACAAACUCUCGGCACCUCUAGCAUUUACCGGCUUGCCACUCGUCUCCGAGGAACCAUCAGCUACCCCGGUCCCUCCACCAACAACCGAGACGCCCCAAAGGAAACCCCGAACUAAACCUUCUACCACGACAACGAACGAACCCGACCUUUCCAAAAUCUACUCUCGCGCGACCCUCCGCUCCCUCGAACGCGACGGCCACAGUGCCACAGAUUCCUUCUACGUCGUGCCUACCAGCGGCCACACCGCAUCCUACGCCAGCAUCCUCAACCACGAAAACAAGGAAAAGCGCCGGAUGGCAGCAUCAUUCCACCGCGGCGGCGCCGACGACAACGACGACAACGAAGACGAAGACGAUUUUGUCGAUGCCCGCGAGUCACAAAUCCCAACAUCGCCGACAGGCUUCCGCAAGCGCCUGACAGGCAAAGGCCGGUCUGACAAAGAGCUACGGAAUAUGGUAGAGGAGCUCCAUCUCGAGAACUCGAGCCUCAAGGAUGUCCUGGACAAACUCAGCAAGCGCUUGCACGCGUUUGAGCUCAACUCGCAGAGUUCGCAUCUCGCGUUAGCGCAGAGUCUUCGUCUUCAACGGCCCGGGUCGCCGAUGUCCUCUAGCGGAGUUGGCAUCGCGGCAGCAGGGCCUGGGCCUGCUGGAGUAGGAGCCGGAGCAGGAGGAGACGAGGCGCUGAAGAAACGGAAUCGGGAGUUGGAGGAGCAGAUGAGCGAGAUGGUGAAGCGGAUGGAGAGUCUAGAGAAGGAUCAUCUCAAGUUGCAGGUGACGCUGGAGAAGUACCGGGACCGGUGGGAGAAGCUGAAGGCGAGUGCUAAGGCGCGGAGGGAGGCGCAGGAUACAACGCAUGAGGGGGAGUCUAAGAGGUGA